UCUAUGUUUCAGCAGUCGCGCGGUGGUUCCCGAGGUGUGUGCGUUCGCGCGUAAUUUGUUCAAUUAUACGAAAAGUUGCGAAUAUUUUCAUAUUCGAAAAUGCAACGUUCCAUUCAACAAACAAAUGGAGAUGGUGUGCUCACGACACCUAGGAAAAGACAACGUGUGUUGAAUGCUGCAGCCCAAAUUACUGUUGUUCUCGGAGCGCAAUGGGGCGACGAGGGUAAAGGCAAGGUCGUUGAUAUGCUUGCUAUGAACGCUGACGUCGUCUGCAGGUGUCAGGGAGGAAGCAAUGCCGGGCAUACUGUAGUAGUAGACGGUGCGGAGUUCCACUUCCAUCUCCUGCCCAGUGGAAUAAUCAAUCCUAGAUGCACGUCGCUUAUAGGAAACGGAGUGGUGAUACAUCUACCAGGUCUUUUUGAAGAACUAGAAAGCAACGAAGCGAAAGGUUUGAAAAAUUGGCAGGACCGAUUGAUAAUCUCUGACAGGGCACAUAUAGUAUUCGAUUUUCAUCAGCAAGUGGAUGGUCUCCAGGAAUUAGAGAAAGGUACACAAUCUCUUGGUACCACUAAAAAAGGUAUUGGACCAACGUACUCGAGCAAAGCUGCUAGAAAUGGGCUCAGGAUCGGUGAUCUUCUCGGAGACUUCGAUAAAUUUUCACAGAAGUUUAAUGCACUAGUGGCUUCGUAUCAAAAAAUGUUUUCAUCCUUGCAAGUCGACGUUAAAGCAGAACUUCAACGUUAUAAAGAAUAUGCAGAAAGAAUAAGACCACUAGUAAAAGAAACAGUUCAGUAUUUACAUCAAGCAUUACGUGAAGGGAAAAAAGUAUUAGUCGAAGGUGCAAAUGCUGCAAUGUUAGACAUAGAUUUUGGUACAUAUCCCUACGUUACCAGUUCUAACUGCAGUAUAGGUGGUGUUUGUACCGGUCUUGGGUUACCACCGUCUUAUAUAGGAGAAAUUGUCGGUGUCGUUAAAGCCUAUACCACAAGAGUUGGUGAUGGUCCAUUUCCUACUGAACUUUUAAAUGCUACAGGCGACCUUUUACAAAGGAGGGGGCAUGAAGUUGGAGUUACAACAAAUAGAAAGAGGCGUUGUGGCUGGCUGGAUUUAAGUCUUCUUAAAUUCACUGGAAUGGUUAAUGGGUAUACGUCAAUAUGUUUAACGAAAUUAGAUAUCCUAGAUACGCUUCCAAAAAUUCAAGUUGGUAUAGGUUACCGAUUAAAUGGAAAGGAAAUUGACUAUUUUCCAAGUAAUACUUCUGAUUUAGCAAAAGUGGAAGUAAUUUAUGAAACUCUUGAUGGUUGGCAAUCAACGACAGAAGGUGUACGUUCUUUGGAGAAACUACCUCCUAAUGCGAAACAAUAUAUACAACUAAUAGAAGAACACCUUGGCGUACCAGUUAAAUGGAUUGGAGUGGGGGCAGGUCGAGAAAGUGUAAUUACCCUUUGACAUUACAUGUAUUGGUUACAACAAUGAAUAUAUACUUAUUUGUCUAUUCAGUUUGUUACUCUUUUAAUGAUAAAUUUAGUUUAUCUAAAGAGUUGAUGAAAAAACGCACAGAGAAUAAACAACAAAGAAAUUUAUAACAUUAAGCUUUUGACAUUUAGUAGUGGAUAUAUAAUACUUGUUGAAGAGAA